UCCUGAAGUUGAGGCUGUGCUGAUCGUUUCUCCACUGAAGUCCUGCUGCUUGCAGAAAAUGACCAGGACGGGUUUGUCGUAGUAGUUUACUAGUUUUUUUUCCGCCCACCUUUGCCGGUGAAGCUCUUCUUGUGAUGGAGCUGCCAGAUGAGAAGAUGAGCUCUAAGACUGAAGACACAGAGGCGAGCCUGUGGGAUCAGCUAGUAGAGUGCCGAGCACAGGUCGAACACUGGCAGGGUGUGGCGACGAUCUGUGAGCUGAGCAAACAGGAGGAACUGGCAGAACUGCAAAAACAAUGUGAUCAAGAGAUCCAGUCACUGCAGGAGGCUCUCAGAGAGACAGCAGCUCAGUAUGAGGCCAGGAUAGCUGUUCUACAGUCUCAGCCUGUGGAGUGGAAGAGAGCCGGUGGACCAAACAUGAUCAGUGGAAGGAAGGGAAGGGUGGAUACAGAAGCCGCAUCGAUCGUCAACAGCUCGACUGGGGACGAAUCGGCGCCAUCAACGCACAGCCAUUCAGCAGAGCUGGAGGCGGCGGCAGAGGGAGAAGGGGCUGCGCUUACAACAGAAGGAUAUUUUUCACUAAGGAACUGUGACUCAGCCUCAUUGUCCUCUUUCUCCUUGGACACACCAUUGCUGCCCAGAAAACUCCAUGCACAGGACGACACCGACUCGCUGCUCUCCACGGGUACUUUGGUGCCUGAAGCCAUUUACCUGCCACCAGCUGGACACCGACUGGUCACACACAGUGACUGGGACGCUCUUAAUGCUCAGUUGUCCGAGCUGCGAGGGGAAGUGAGUCGCCUGCAAGCUGAGAAGGAGGAGCUGGAGAGAGAGCUGGAUACCCAGAGCAACCAAACACACAAACAGGUAUCGAUGCUCCAGUCUCAAGUCCAGGCUUCAGAGACUCUCCUCCAGGAUUUGCAGAAAUCUUUUAGCCAGUCACAGAAUGCAGUCCAGAGCCGGCUGGCAGAGUUGUCUCUUUCUCAGAGGAAGAUGUGCAACGAACUUUCCAGAUUGAAAGGAGAAGAAGUUGAGGAGGACGUACCAGACAGCAGCUCAUCAUUCUCAGCAACACUACAUGGGGCGCACUGUGAGGAGCGCCUUCGUAUUGAGAUAGUCAACCUGAGGGAGCAGCUGGACACACGGGCAGAGGAGAACGACAUUUUAGAGGUGCAGUUUUCCAGCCUCAAGACUGAGACAGAGAAGAUCCAGGCUCAGAGGGAGCAGUUGCAGGCUGAGCUGCUGGCUUGUCGCAAUGAACUGGAAGCCCUGCGGGUGGUGCUCUCUCAUGUACGAAGCACCAACAAGACCCUCAGCAGUGACAAAGCAGUCCUGAACCAGCAGUGUCUGGAACUGCGCAGCCAAGUGAUCAGCCUGCGCUCUCAGGUCGACACCAGCCAGGCCGUGCAGAGGGACUUUGUUGAGCUCUCCCAGUCGCUGCAGGUGAAGCUGGAGUUAAUUCGACAGGCAGAGAGUCUGGAGCAAGUCAAGGAAAUCCUGGGAGAGAGACCCAGUGAAGAUAGCUCCUCAUCUGCGGAUACCUUGUGAGAUGCUGAAAACUGCAUUUGAACCAAAGAGAUUAAACAUCCUAAGAGUGACCCAGAAAGGUCAACUAACCACGGCCACACGAAACACAGACGCUCCGGUGGAGUAACAACUGGAACACUCACAGCUGAUGCUGCUAGCACUCAUGUUGCAACACUGGAAGCACUCCUAAAGUGAAACAUAUCUCACAGAGGAUGGAUUGGUGUCAGUGAAGGAAAGUGGUGCUUGAUGACCAAAGCAACUUUUUCUCACACUCUCAUGUUUUUUUUCUUGUGUCUAGUAACACAUUGAUUCCUGUACAGACAUUUGUAAAGAUGCUGCGUUUGUAAAUCUGACAUGACUCCAGCAAAACACUCAAGGGUCCAACACUAUCAGUUAUUAAUAUGCAAGUAAUCAAUAUUUUUGCAUCUUUGUGAAAAAAAGGACCUCUCUUGGCAGUGGAUUGCGGUGCAAUAAUUAAUAAUGAUACAAAAUUGAAACUCCACUGAAAUAACUGUAUUCAAAUGUGACUUUUAUUAUAUAUAAACAUAUAAAUUUACUUAGCAAUAACAUUCCUGUCCUCACUAAAACCAUAUUAGCAUUUAGACCUAAUGUUCUGGAUUUUAUGAUUAGAAAGGUAAAAUCCGUAAAGAAAUAUUAAUGUGUAACAUUGAACUAUUUUAUUUUGUGUGAUUGCACAUUAAAAAUUAACGGUAGGUUAUCAGAUUUUCAUUAACCUUGAGGGUCGUAAUUAAAUAAUGCGAUAAAGUUUCUUAACCUUUGGCUUCAGUUUGUUACACAGUGUAAUUGCACACAAUAUUGUAGGUUUGGAUAUAAAAUGUGAAAAUAAAGCUAAAAGGUCAACAGAUCCUUACAGGGAGGCCAUAAAAGGCUCAACAAAGAUCAGAAAAUAGAGUGACUUGUUAACUAACUAAACUAAGUAAUCCUCUUCAUGCGUGGAUGCACAUAAGGUCGUCACCAGAGCCACCGUGGUCUGUCCAAAGCACACUUCACCAGGUAGCCCCAGGUCCACCCCUGCUCCUUCAUCUCUUCUCCUCCAAGUCUCUUUUGGUCUCCCUCUAUUUCUCUGACUGUCUGGAGUCCAUCUGAGGGCUACUCUCUGUAGUGGUGCUGACAGCGUGCGCAGCACAUGUCCAAUCCUUCUCCAUUGGCACAUCUGAACCUCUUCUGUGAUGGAUUUUGUGGAAGUGCUUUGGUGCAGUUCAGCACUGGAAAUGGUAUUUGGCCAAAAGAUGUUCAGAAUUCUUUUGAGGCAGCUGUUCUGGAAGACUUCUAGUUUGUGAAUGAUGGUCUUGGUCAUUUUCCAUGAUUCUGCACCGUACAGGAGAGUGUUCAGGACAUUAUUGUUUUUGAAGAGCCCGAUCUUGGUAGUGGUGGUCAUGGUGAUGUCACUGUUCCUGCUAAUUUAGACCCCAAAUAAGUGAAGUGUUCCACAUUUCUUCCCCGUCGAUGAUGAUGGCUGCUGUUCAUCAUCUUAAGCCCGAUCUGCUCUGCUGUACUUGCCAUGAUGGUGGUCUUUGCCUACAUAUCUUGAUGUCGGUGUGAGAGCAGCGCCACAUCAUCUGCAAAAUCUAUAUCUUCCAGGCAUGAGGUGAGCAUCCAACGAAUUCCUCUUCUUCCAUCUGCAACUGUUUUCGUCAUGAUCCAGUCCAUUCCUAGGAUGGACAGAAAUGGAGAGAGGAUGCGUCCUUGCUUCACACCAUUACGGACAUGGAAAGCCUCUGUCAGUUCCAUGCUGCAAAUUACUUUUGAUGCAAAGUCCUUGGUAAAACAUCUUCAUGACUUCAGUUGUAUUAAUUAUAGCAGAGCCAGAGUCAGAGCCCAGGCUUCAUCACUACAUUCACAAUUAAUCAGUUAACUCUUAAAAAAAAGUCUUUGUUAAUAUAAACACAUACUUGCAUAUGAAUAUGCAGAAUCUGUAGGAGAAAAAAAAGGUUUUUGUUCCUGGAAGCUUCUGAUUUUAAUUUGUAGUCCAAGCAGUGCUGACUAACUCAGUCUGUGUGUAGAGCAAAGGACAGAUUGCAUUUGUCAAAAUGUAAUUUUGAAACUAUUGGCUGUUAUCCGACAAUGAUUAUGUUUCCUUGAACUGGGUAUUUGGUAAUAUGAACAUCCUGGCUGGAUCGACCGUCUCAAAUGCUGCCCAUUGCUCCCAAAGGCCACAUCAUCACACCACCCCUGGGUUCCCAGAUUGAUACCACACUGUUGUCUUAUAAACACUGACCACAUUAUUAUUCCUGUUGUGCUCUGCUGUAUAACAACCUUUGCAGGAAAUAAAUGUUGCCAUGAAUCUA